UUCGAAUGAUGAAGGAAAUUGUUGGAGGAUAUGAUAACAUCGGUGCAUCUAAGCAAGAUUUAAAAAAAUUUCAUAGAGAUUUGAAAGCAUACAUUCAAGGAAGUGAUGCUCAAAUGUUCGUGGAUAACUUUACCAACAAAAAGCUAAUGUGGAGUGCUUUUUUCUUUGAUUUUGAGAUGGAUGAAGAUUAUUGCCUUUGUAGAGCAUUAUGGGCUGACCCCCUUUGUAAAAAGAGUUACGCUCUUUUUGGUGAUAUGGUAUCCUUUGAUACCACAUACCAAACCAAUAGGUACAACAUGGUGUUUACUCCAUUUACAGGGGUUGACCAUCAUAAGAGCUGCAUUACUUUUGCUGCUGGUUUCAUAGCGAAGGAAGAUAUAGUGUCAUUUGAGUGGUUGUUCAGAUCAUUUCUUAAAGCAAUGGGUGGAAAUGAACCGAAUUGUAUGAUUACAGAUCAAGAUCCAGCAAUGAAAAUUGCUGUUAAAAGUGUGUUUAACAAGACUGAACAUCGGUUCUGUAUGUGGCACAUAAUGAAAAAGUUACCAGAUAAGGUGGAGAAAUCAAUCAUGCAAGAAGAAACUGGUUUCCUAAAAAAAUUAUGUGCUUGUGUUUGGCAUCUUGAAAUUGAACCUACUGAGUUUGAAGAAAGGUGGAACAAGGAUGGUUGAAUACCACUUGGAAGAACAUGAGUGGUUAGGUUAUAUGUACAAGAUAAGGAACAAGUGGAUUCCGGCGUAUUUCAGAGAUGUGUUCCUUGGAGGAAUAAUGCGUACAACAUCAAGAUCCGAAAGCAAAAACAACUUUUUCUGCUCCUUUAUCAAUCCUCAUGUGUCACUUGUUGAGUUUUACUUGAGAUAUGAAGCUGCAAUUGAUGCCUAGAGACACACUCAAGGUUAGAAUGAUAAUGAUUCAAAGCACAAAUAUCCUGAGUGCAAAACACCACUAGGGAUAGAAAAGCAUGCCUCGCAUUUAUAUACUAAAUCUGUCUUUUAUGAAUUUCAAUAUGAGGUUGAAAUUGCUUGUUUUUCUUGUUGGUG